AUGCCGUCCAAUGGAUCCAAUAACAAGAUGCCACCUGCUCGCAUGACCACAAAGCAGAGUCCAGAAGAAGAGAAAAACGUUUCUAUCGCAAAAGAGUACAUGAGAAUCGCGUACUCGCCUUCGGAGAACAAAGGCAGCAAGUCAGUCGAACACCUCUGCGCAGAUGAUGCCUGGUUCUGGGCACCCACCACAUUCCCAGGAGUCAAGUCUCCGCAAGAAUAUGCAGAGAGUCAUUCACAUGUUAUGGCCAGUAUCGCAGACUUGCACAUUGUUUGUUACGAUCAAGUGUUUGCGAAAGAUGGACAUGUGCUGUUGAGAUACACAGCUGAGGGUAGCCACUGUGGUGAGCCUCACAAAGGCAUUGAAAAGACUGGCAAUAAAGCCAAAUGGAGUGCGGCAGCCAUCUUUGAGAUUGAGAAUGGCAAGGUCAAGAGUUUUACCAAGGACUGGGAUAAGCUGCAUAUGUGGAAGCAACUUGGAUGGAUGAAAGGGGACGAAUAUGUCUAA